GAACAGCUGGAGAAAAUUACAUUAUAAUAUACUGUAUUUCUAGAUCCUUCAUUAAAGAUAAACAAAAACUUGGAAACCAACGUGUUUGCGUCUAGUUGGGUUUCCCCUUUAGUGGGCGUGGUUAUUUACGUCACGACGCUGCCUCUUUAAAUGUCCCUCCUUCCAGCGAGGAAGACAAACAGAAGCCGCGACACAGUUACUUGUACACGGGUAGAAGGAAGCGACAUAAACCGCUGAAGUCUGAACUACUGCGCUGUGGACGACUUUGUGAAGACCAGGACACUUUGGAUGAGACCGUGAGAACAAGAACCAUCUUUGAUCUGGUCUUUCCAGAAAAUACUAAUUCAGUUCUUUAAAGACAUCAAAGGAAUAACUGUCGUCAGUGGAACAAACGUGUUCCACUUCUUUGCUCGAUAGACGUUUGGACGUUACACUUUCUACAUUCUCCGAUCGACCAGACGCUCACUGUACGUGGAGGAGAGUGGACUGAACAGAAUCCAAGACCGUUUGGUCCCAUGGUCCUUUGUCCCGUGAGACAUCAAAGACCAUGCUGCACCUGAAGAAGUACUUCACAGAGGGCCUCAUCCAGCUGGCCAUCCUGCUGAGUCUCUGUGGGGUGAGGGUGGAUGUGGGGCUGGAGCCUUACCUGCCCCCCUCCUGGUACGACGCCAUCAUGGGUCCAACCUCUGCUUUGACUCAGACGCAGUUCCACAACCUACGCAACCGACUGGACGAGGGCAGCGACCUGCACCUCAAGAACGUGGACCUCGACAAGUUCUUCACCACACGAAGGUUGUUGGGCUGGGUCCGCUCGCUGGACCGACUACAGGUUCCUCAGGCCGAGGUGGAGACAUGGCUGGUGCAGCGAGAACCAGAUCCUCUUCCGUUGGCACGCCCGGAGCAGAGCCCUCUGCUGGAGAGAAAUACCAACGGGAUGGAGAGGGAUCGAGGCGAACCACUCCUGGAGCACACACCUCAGUUUGGCAACGUGCAGGAAGAAGUGGAGGACGAGGACAAAGAGGAAGAACAUCACCAGCUCCUCCAUGACGGUGGAGAGGUGGAGGAGGAGGAGGAGGAGGAAGGGGGAGAGUCCACUCUGAACGAAGAUCAGACGUCCUUCUCCCUGCAGGAGUGUCUGAGGCUGUUGGAGGAGAACUUUCCCUCAGACCGACGGUCCUUAUCGUCUCCACUCGUCUCCACUGACAGCCUGGACCUGGAGUUUCAGUGGCAGGACUUAUUUGACAUCAUGGAGCCUGAGAACACAGAUGUCGACAUGACAUCAUUUGAUCAAGCUCCACCUCCGAGACGCUCCGGAACCACAGGUGACCUGUGUGAAGCCCUGAACCAACACCAGCGCCACCUAUCAGAGGAGCAUGGUCCGACAAACACGCAACAUGGUUUCCUGUGGUCUCCCAGCAGGCCUGACCCCUCCCCGCUGCUCCCACUGACGCCCAGCGCCGACCUGGACGACCACAGUUCAACCUUUGGUUCAGGAGGUUUCCAGAAAAACCUGAACCUGAACGCCUUCCAGAGUCCUCCAGACCACAUGGACUUCCUUGAAGAAGGGUCGUCGGACAAGUCCACGUCUCCUGGUGACCGUCCUGGUCCACAUCACACUCUGUACCCAGACGAAGGUCUCACCGGGUUUGAUGUCAACUUCCAAAUGCGCCCCCUCACGCCCCCCAGUCCUACCUCGUCUCUGGAGGGCAGUGAGAUGACCCAGGACCUGGUUGGUAGUUUCCUGAUCGAUGAGGAAAACGUUGGCGAGGAUUACGACCUCCCCGGACGACUGGGUGACUUGUUAGAUGAGGCCAGCCUUCUGGAAGAGAUCAGGGUUUUAGACCUGGCUCUGGAGGGGGGCUUUAGUCCAGAGAUGGCGGCCCGGCUGGAGGAGGAGGGCUACCUCACCAGUGACGGUAAUAACCGAGACAGUGACCCUCCAGUCUGCGAAAGGGCGGUUGGAGAAGACCGGAGCCAAUCACAGACUCUGGACCAAGAUGCUGGCAAUGAGGCGGACUCCGACUCAGGUCUUUCCCUGGACUUCAGCCACAGUCCUGCUUCUCCGAGUCCUUCCUAUCGCUCCCGCACUUCCUCCUCGUCGUCUUCGUCUUCUUUAGCCUCUUCCUCAUCGUACACAUCAGGUGAAGAAAGUCCAGUCAGUGGAGAUGUUGAUGAAGAGAACGAAGAAGGAGUUGUUGGUUCAGACAUGGAACUGGAAGUCACCAUAAAGCAGGAGGAGGUGGAAGAGGAGGUGAUGGGAGCAGUGGGAGGAGAGUAUCCUGGUGAUGUCAAGAAACUCUUCCCUGUCAACUGCGGCGAUCACAUGGGUCUGAACGACUUCCCGUGGCUGGAGCAGGUUGACCACGAUCACACGUACAACCAGCCCAGGUCCUCCACCUUCCCCUCUUCUCCUCAACCACACAUACCCACCAAACACAGCAAAUCCUCCCCACGGCCCCCCGCCGCUCGACGCCACCAUUUCUCCACCUCCAGAAGCAUAUCGGAGAGCAAAAUGUGGAGCCGCGACGAAAGACGGGCCAAAUCCCUGAAGCUGCCGUUCUCCAACGAGCUGAUCGUCCAUCUGCCGGUGGAAGAGUUCAACGACCUACUGACAGGUUACCGGCUGACGGAGGAGCAGCUCUGCCUCGUCAGGGACAUACGGCGCCGCGGCAAGAACAAGAUAGCAGCCCAGAACUGCAGGAAGAGGAAACUGGACGGGCUCAUGGCUCUGGACGACGAGGUGUCCGCUCUGAGGCGCCGGCGAACGCGGCUGAUGCGAGAGAAACAAGAAUCCCUGAGAAACCUGCAGGAAAUGAAGCGCCGGCUGAAGGUCCUGUACCAGGAAGUCUUUUCUCAGCUGAGGGACGAAGAAGGACGGCAGCUGGAUUCUUCAGAGUUCUUUCUAAACUUUGCCUCCGAUGGCAGCGUGGCGGUGGAUUCACUCCAGCAGCAGGCGUGGAUGCCAGGGAGAGGAGGGAGAACAGGCAAGAAACAGAGAAGCAAGAAGAAGUGAAAUCUUCAGAGGAUGAAAAAAAAAAAAAAAACUCUGGACAUUUUGACGUCUUUGCGGAGCGAUGUUGUAGAAUCAAGGAUUCAUCAGCGUUUUUCUACACUGGAAAGAAACUGGAUGAUGAAAAACUGUCCUCAACGCCAAGUUUAAAAAGCUAUUACUCAAAAAGUCAUGAGACUUUGGGACCAGAGAACAACAGAGUUCCUCCCUUAGUUGAGCUGAGACAGAGACUGGAAUAGACAGCGAGGAGAAAUUUCUUUUUUUAACUGAAGGAACUCAAAGGAAAACACGUCAUCCAAACGGCAGCACUUCCCGUCUCGUCGUAUUUAAAGUCAUGAAAUGAUACCCGUGUUCUAACGGGUGGAGGAAAGUUCGGUUUUUGAGACAAUCGAUCUUUGAUUUAGUUGUUUUUUUUUUGUUAAAUGUCGCCUGUGUCUCGUCCUGAGGACUGUGAGGACGAAGACUGUCCCAGAGGAGCAGCAACAGAGAUGACCCGUAAAACUGUGUAGCCUGUAGGCACCAUCGGAUACAGCCCAACGUUUUAAAACCUGCUGAUUCACAGGAAGAAAAAACACUACUGCAGAAAAAAAGAAGGAAUUGAAGAAAAAAAAACUAACACUGUACAAAUGUAUUGAAGGUGAAUGACAGACUUUAUCUUCCUUGAUCAGGGAUUGGUUUGAUUAUGUCAAAGGCUUUAGUCUACUGCUGUUGUUCUGGUCCUUUUCUGCAGUACCCCCUCCCCCACUCCCCCCAACAGCUCUGCACCCUGGUGUGGGUACCCGCUCCUUAUUUUAAGAACCCACUGGAAUCAUUUUUCAGUCUUGAAAUGAGUCGUCGAACCUGCAUUUGAUUGAUUAUGAUUGAAGACAAAUCAAACAUGGCAGAUUUUUUUAAAGCUUUCGUCGGGUCUCACUGUUUGAAGAGCAUUUAACUGAAAUACCUCAAAUCAAACUACUGUAGUUGCACGAAGAGUCAAAAUGAAAUGAUUGGCAUCGAUUUAAACAGACGGGUUUGAAUGAAAAAUGUGCUCUUUUCUAUGUGGACUUUUUCUACAUUUGUCUGUCGGUCCCAGGUGCUUGCUGGUAUUCAAGGACUUUGGAAAUGUUUUGUAAUAAUAAAAAAAAAAUAAAGUCUUGAGUCGUGUUUACA